GGGCCACAUAAGAUUCUCAAAGGGCCUCGCAGAGGUCGACAAAGCACCAUUAAAUCACACGAUCAUCUAGAGAAAUCCCCGUCAUUUCGAUAUGAUUUCCAAAGUCGAAGAGGAGACGCUUCAUUUAUCCGUCUUGGACCAGAAUGCCGCCCGAUGUUACAUACAAACUCUACAAAUCUUUCCGUUCCCAGAUGACAGUCAGAUUCAGAAUGCAGUUGACACGCUUGCCAAAGCUCUUCGCAACACACUCACGGCUCUGCCAUUUCUCGCCGGCACCAUCGGGCCUGCGGAUGCAGAAACAGGGAAGCUUUCGUUGAAAUAUCCCACUAGCGAUUACGACGUGCUGGAAGCCGGGCUCUUUGCCUCCAAGAUAUUGGACCAUCCCUACACAUAUACACAACUCAAAAGGAUGGGCAUGCCUCCUUCUGCGUUCACAGGAAAGGUAUUUUGCCCAGACGUUCUCCGUGAUCGACCAGGCAUUCCUCCAUACGCUGAAGGUUUGACAUCAAAUCAGGAGGCACUGCCCGUACUAGCUGUCCAAGCCUGCUUCCUGACUGGUGGACUGGUGUUGAGUAUCUAUCUGCACCACAGCGUUGUGGACUGCUCAGGCGUCUGCGCCUUCUGGAGGCAGUUUGCAAGCAACGUACAUGCCAUUGCCCGCAACACGCAACUGGACGGCAAGUCCUGCGUGACAAUCAGAGACCAAUCACGUCUACGAAUGGAACUCGAUGAUCGAAUACCAGUGCUUGGGAACCCAACGGCAGAUGCUUACGUUCGGGAGAAGUUCCUUUACAAGCAUACUCUUCCCCCCGGGACGGCGUGCUCUGCUAAGCUUUUUGUUGUCCCUGCAGCGAGGAUUCGUGCGUUCCGCGACAAGCUGAAGGAAUGCAUACCGAACGGCCUCCAACUUACGAUAUGCAAUGUACUGACAGCAUUGGUGUGGAUACACGUCACGAGGGCACGCGCGAAGCGGGUCCUGGAUGCUGGCUACUCGAAAUCCUCUCUCGGAAUUGCCGUGGACUCCCGGCGAAGAAUGAAACCCCCCGUGACGGAAGAUCAUAUGGGCCCUAUGGCGCUUUUCGCCAAAGCCACACUCCCCAUCGUGGAUUUUCUCUCUGAGGAACCGGUUACGGAGGAACUAAUAUUGUCGACGGCCAUACACAUCAAGCAGACCAUCCAGAACGUCGACAAUGAUUGGGUGCAGAGGCACCUCGCAUUUUUCCAAUCCAAAACACCCAUCAGCGAUACGGAACCCGCUCUCCGGUUUCGGUUCGGUCCAGAUAUCUACGUUACGUCGUGGAUGAACUUUGGUGCAGACAUUGCUUGGGGUAUACCUGGUACUGCAUCUGAUGCGCCGGAAUUCAUCAGACGAACGGCCGACUUCAAUUCCGACGGCGGCAUCAUCAUUUUACCCCGCCGAAGAGCCAUAAUCGACGGUCACGAAGCACCGUAUGAAAUCCUCGUGCGACUUGCCCGUGAGGAUAUGAACAGGCUGGAAGCAGAAGAAGGCGGUCUGCGAUCCUGGACUGAGCGUGUGAUUGAGUAGAUUCACACUUCUUCUGCUUCAUUGCAUCGUUUCUUUUCGAGUGAUCCCUCGCCAUGGUUAGGUUUCUGGAGCACUGGAUCGUGGGGUUGGAAGGUGA